GAUCUGAGAGAGAGAGAGAGAGAGAGAGAGAGAGAGAGAGAUGUCGUUCUGGAACCGUAGCCGCGACGAUGAGGCCGUCGAUGACUUCGAUGACUACGAUCCGACGCCCUACGGCGGAGGAUACGACCUUGCCCUCACCUUUGGCCGGCCGUUGCCACCAUCGGAGGAGCUCUGCUAUCCCAUCUCCUCCUCCGAAGCCAUUGACUACGAGAGGCCUCACUUCUCAUCAGGUUCCACUCCUUCCGUCUACGAGGCUAAGUAUGACCAUGGAGAUCGCUAUGGUCGGUCCUCCCAGGCCAAGCCCCAGCCGGCUUACGGCUUCCAACCUGUGCAAGGGGGAGGAGGUAGCGUUGGUUAUGGAGGUGGCGGGCGUCCGGGGUAUGGGGGGCAGAGUGAGUAUGGAUCUGGGUAUGGAUCUGAGCAAGGGUCUGGAUAUGGUGGGAGGCCAGGCGGGGAAGAGGGGUAUGGAUCUGGGUAUGGAGGGAGAGCUGGUGGUCAGGUUGAGGAGGGUUACGGGUCUGGGUAUGGUGGGAGACAGAGCCGCCAAGAGGAUGAAGGGUAUGGAUCGGGAUAUGGUCGUAAACCCAGCCAUCAGGAGGAAGGUUAUGGGUCAGGCUACGGUGGGAGGCCUAGUCGCCAGGAUGACCAAGGGUAUGGAUCUGGGUAUGGUGGGAGGUCUCAGCGAGAGGAGCAGGAGAACCCCUCUUAUGGAACUGGUUAUGGGCGGGACGAGCCUCAGCGUUAUGGGCAUGAAAGCCAGUACAAAAGUGGCGUUGGAGAGUAUGGGUAUGGUGGGAGUGAGUACCAGAGGAGUGAGGAGCAGGGAUAUGGUGGAGGUGGAUACAAGAAGAGUGGCGAGGAGUAUGGGUCUGGAGGGAGAUCCAGCUAUGGUGGGAGUGAGUACGAGAGGAGCGGGGAGCAGGGAUAUGGUGAGGGUGGAUACAGGAAGACUAGCGAGGGGUAUGGGUAUGGAGAGAGGCCCAGCUAUGGCGGUGGCGAUGAGGGUGAAGGAUAUGGUCGCCCGAAACGAGGUGAUGGAUCUGAUGAUGAGGAUGGACGAAAGAAGCAUGGGCAUCACAAGCACGGCCACCACCACCGCAACUAUGAUGAAGAAUGAGCCAAGUCACCAGUACUAUUGCAUUGCGAAUGCAUCACCUUUUAACCCUGCAUAACAUUUACUAGUAAAUAAGUGGGGGCUUCUGUUUUAUUCUUUUCUUUUCUGGUUGUGUUGUGUGAUUUGAAUAAUAUCUACAAACAUAUUGGCUUUGUUUCACCAGUACUGAAAAAACUUGGAAUUGUUGGUUUAUAACUGUUGAACUUCUACGAUGCAAGUAUUGAUAGUGUUCCCAUUGCGUG